AUGUCAAAGGCCACGAAGAGGAAACACGUUGCGAAGGAGUUACAAGAGGAUUUUAGUAUUCCAACAGAACAACAAUUCAUAGUUCAACUUGUCGACUCACGAGGCAAUAAUCUUCACGAAGUGAUUGACAGUUCUGGGGAGAAAUUUCUUGUCUCUAUGCCUGUUAAGUUUAGACGAAAUAUUUGGGUGAAAAGAGGUGACUUUGUUCUUGUUGAACCAAUCCCUGAAGGGGAUAAAGUUAAGGCUGAAAUCGCUAAGAUUCUUACUAAGGAACAUAUUAAAUUUUAUCGAUCUCAAAAGGUUUGGCCAAAGACAUUUGAAGACAAAGUUAAUAAAAACAAUCAAAUACUUCAAGGUAUAAAAGUAGAAGUAAAUAAAAAAAAACAUUCAUCUGAUGAUAGUGAUACUGAUGAUGAUGAAGAUUUAUUCGUAAAUACAAAUCGAAAUUUCGGACCAUUUAGUACUGGGAGGAAUGAACCUGAAGAUUCGAGUUCUGAUUCAGAUUAA